AUGGAAGAGAGCAGAAAAACAGAACAAGUUAUGUUACUGCAGAGCUUAAAAAGAUUGAUCGUAUCAUUUGUUUGUUGUCUUCCAUUGUCUCUUUUAGGUCUUCUUCUCAUGUUUCUCUUAAUCUACAACAGCUUCUCUGUCUUCUCUCUUCAUCUUGAUCCAAUCCCACCCAAAUCCACUCUUCCACUCAAUUAUAACCACCAGUUUCUUCAUCAUCAUCCAUCAUUAUCAACAUCAUCAUCUAAGUCAGAUUCUUCAUUGUUGCUUGCGGUGAAAGAAACCUCUUUAGGGUUCGUACAAAAGCAGAACGUUUCGCCCGAAAAGAUAGAGAGAAGGACGAGGAGGCAUAAGAGAAGAAACCAGUUAACACCCGAGAUGACACGUAAGCCACAAGGAAAAUCAAGACAUGUAUUCAAGACUCGGAUCAAGUCAUUCUUGUCUAAAUCCUCAUGUGAGUCUCUGUUCUUCAUGAUCUGGAUCUCCUCCAUAGAAUCUUUUGGUCAUAGAGAACGUUUCACAGUAGAGAGUCUCUUCAAGUCUCACCCAAAUAGCUGUCUGAUCUUGGUCUCAAACUCACUUGACUGUCAGAGAGGAACCCUAAUAUUGAAACCCUUUACAGAUAAAGGGCUUAAAGUGCUUUCCAUCAAACCAGACUUCACUUACAUCUUCAAAGACACGUCAGCAGAGAAAUGGUUUGAGAGACUAAAGAAAGGAAUGUUCAGUCCAGGAGUGAUUCCAUUAGAGCAGAACCUCUCCAACCUUCUAAGACUAGUCUUGCUCUACAAGUUCGGCGGAAUCUACUUAGACACAGAUGUUAUAAUCCUCAAACCUCUCACCAAUCUCCACAACGUAAUAGGAGCACAAACAGUUGAUCAGGUUACAAGAAAAUGGAGCAGGCUCAACAACGCGGUGCUCAUCUUCGACAAGAACCAUCCUUUGCUUAAAAGCUUCAUCAAUGAGUUCUCAAGAACCUUCAACGGUAACAAAUGGGGUCACAACGGUCCAUACUUAGUGUCAAGAGUGGUUGCAAGAUUCAACGUUUCUUCCUCGGAUUUGGGAUUCUCUGUUCUUCCACCGUCUUCGUUUUAUCCAGUGGAUUGGACUAGAAUCAGUAGAUUUUACAGAGCGUCUGUGAGUGAGAGAGAAGCAAAGUGGUCAAGGAAGAGACUUAUGCAUUUACGUAAACAUAGCUUGGCUGUUCAUCUUUGGAACAGAGAGAGUAGGAAGCUUAGGGUUGAAGAAGGAAGCAUCAUUCAGAAACUAAUGUAUGAUUCUUGUAUCUUCUGUAACUCUUCAUUUUUACAUUAG